UGGGCAUGUUUGGGGCUCAGAACUGCUGUGCAGACAGGCAGCUCGCUGGGAUUUGAGCCACGGCCCUGCGCUGCAGUUCCAGUGUGUGGCCCAUAGGAGGCGUAAGAUCCGCGUUUGUUCACUGCGCAUCUCAGCUGAGCUCGAGACUGAGAGCGCGUUCAUCAUCACCAUCACCAUCAUCAUGUCCACGGCGGAUCACACAGUCAUGCACGGCAUCUGGGGCAGGAACGCGAUGGAGAAGCCGAAGAACAAGGGCUUCAGCCUGAUCAGGAUGAUGUCUCUGAAUUACAGGAAGGAGAAGAAUCCACAGCAGCAGCAGCAUCACAACAACAUGCCCUUCAUGAUCCACUGCCACAUCGGCAAAGAGAUCAAACACAUAUGCAGCAACUGCAGCCGCGUCAGCCACGCGCAGGACGCAGAGGAGGUGGAGAAGCUGGAGCCGCUGGUGUCCGGAUCACACUGCAGGAGCAGGCUCGCCUCUCUGGGACGCCUCUUCAAACCCUGGAAGUGGAGGAAGAAGAAGAGCGAGACGUUCACGCAGAUGUCGACCGCUCUGGAGAGGAAGAUGUCGGUGCGUCAGAGCCGAGAGGAGCUGAUCAAGAGAGGAGUGCUGAAGGAGAUCUUUGAGAAAGACUCCAGGAUCACGGCUGUGACGCCGGCCGACCGGAUGAAGAACACACUGCCCUCAGACUGUGAGCGGAGCGUGGAGGACAGACAGAGGACCGCCGCCGCUGACUUCCGUGCGGCUCUGGACGGAGGAGUAUGUGCUCAGGACUACACACUCAAGUCGCUCACGCUUCCUCCCAAGAAAACCGUCACCUUCCCCAGUGACCUUCAGGAGCCACCGGCCAAACCUCAGCUCAUCCACAAACAGCCUCCUGCCCUGCCGCCCAAACCCUUCUCCAGACUGACCAAUCACAGCACAGACUCGUGUCUGCAGGGAAAGCCGUCUCCUCCUCAGAAGCUGGUGCUGUACUCGUCGUCGUGGGGUCAGUGCUGUGGCCCCCUGCAGCUGCAGUACAGCGCCGCUCACCCGUCCAGCCGGAUCAUCCUCGAGCUGCAGAAGACGCUGGCGCUCACCUUGCACAGGCUCGACAGCUCUGCAGUUCACACGGGUCAGUACAGCACUCCGCUCCCAGCCGUGGCCAUCGACUGUGACGAUGAAAAAGAGAACAUCCCCAACCAGUCUGACUACGAGGACCUGCGCAGCAUGUAUAAGGAUGAAGAGCAGGAGGAGGACGAGGAGGAGGAUGAAGAUGAGGACGAUGACGAUUCGCUCUUUACAAACGCACUGGCGCUGAAGAUCCUGGGGAAGGACUCUCUGGCGGUGAAGCUGAGUAACCGGCCGUCUCAGAGAGAACUGCAGGAGAAGAACAUCUUACCUGUACAGACGGACGAGGAGCGACUGCAGUCCAGACAACUCAUCGGCAGCAAACUCACACGGUACACACACACACACACACACACACACACUCA